AUGCCAUCGGACCUAGAAUCGCUCAUUGACAUGGGCUUCGACAAGUCUCGCGCCGAGAUUGCCAUCAAGAAGUCUGGAGGACUUCAAGGAGCUCUCGAAUGGUUGGAAAAGACCCAGGACAAGUCUCUCGAGGAUAUUCAAAAUGAAGACGCAGACGAGGAAGAUGACGAGGAAGCUACCAAGGCCAAGAUUGCCGAGCUAGAGACUGGCACUGCUAAGUCCAUGGUCUGCAACGAGUGCGGCAAGAAGUUCAGGUCUGUCCAGGCCGCUGAAUUCCACGCUUCUAAGAGGUUUGUUCCCCUUCAAAGAUUUGCCUUAGGGUUUCCGUCCCUACAGCUCUUCAUUUUGUAUCCUGACCGAGCAAUCAGCGAGCACACCGACUUUUCCGAAUCUACAGAGGAGAUUGCCCCCUUGACCGAGGACGAGAAGAAGGCCAGGUUGGAGGAGCUGCGUGAGCGCGUCAGGGCCAAGAAGGCCGCCUUGUCUAUCAAGGACAAGGAGGAGGCAAAGCGCAAUGAGCAAAUCCGCGCCAAGUCUACCAGGGAGACCGAGGAUGCCAAGGAGGAACUCAAGCGCAAGGAACAGAUCAGGGAGGCAGCACGCAAGCGCCAGGAGAAGCAAGACGACAUUGAAGCCAAAAAGCGCAUCAAGGCCAAGAUCGAAGCUGACAAGGCCGAGCGACGGCGCAAAGCAGAAGAGGCCAAGGCCGCCCGCGAAGGACGCGUCGCCGACACGUCCUCUGCUGCUACCGUGGCUCCCGCUGCCGCCCCUGCCCUCGCCAAGCCCAAGGCUGAUCACAACGAAGCUAGACUUCGACUGCAGACGCCUUCGGGCAACAUCAUGAAGACUCUGCCGGCCGAAACGACACUCUUCGAGCUAGCCCAGCAGGUGCAGAGCGAGACGGGAAAUCCUGUCACCAGCUUCACUACGAAUUUUCCCAGGAAGGUCUUCCAGGGAGAUGUGGACAUGUCUAAGACGUUGAAGGAGGCAGGACUGACGCCUUCUUCUGUUCUGAUUGUUACAUAG